AUGAAAAAGUCCAGCGCUCGUCUCUCAAAAGCAGCCAAGCUCAUCCAGAGGUUCAGUGAAGCGAAAGCCAAGCAUGCUCAAGACUUGAAGACAGCACUAGAUGAGCAGAAAGAACAACUUGGGCGCAGUCAUGCUGCAGAGCUCGAGGAAGUGAAGAAGAAGGUUGCCCAGGAUGCAGACGACGUGAUCGACACCAUGGAGCGCACUAUCGCCGAGGCAAAGGCCGUUGUUACGAAGCAGCGUGACCUCAUUCAGCAGCUUCGUCAGGCUUCACUCUGA